UGCGGUUAGCAGUAGGGGUAGAAAGCGAGGGCAAAACCCGAUUAGAUAGGUCCAGUACAAGUCUCAUUCGGUGUAAUUUAGUAUCAGGAAGCUUGCAGGUUCUGAUUUGGUGAUUUAACCCUAACCUAAAUUACCUAAUUGAGGAAUUAUUUGCGUUGAAAGGCAAACAUUUCCGCCUGAGGUGGUUAUAAUGGCUACAAUGGAAGGACCACUGAAGACUUUGUUUGAGAACAAGGCCCUGAGCAAGCCAAAAAAGGAUGAUAAACGGCUCUCUGUGGAGCGCAUAUACCAGAAGAAGACACAGCUGGAACAUAUCUUGCUCCGGCCAGACACCUACAUCGGUUCUGUGGAACCCGUCACACAGCAAAUGUGGGUGUUUGAUGAAGCGAUAGGGAUGAACUGCAGGGACAUCACGUUUGUCCCUGGACUAUACAAGAUCUUUGAUGAGAUCCUGGUCAAUGCUGCAGAUAACAAGCAGAGAGACAGCAGCAUGAACUGUAUCAAGAUCACCAUUGACCCAGAGAACACCAGCAUCAGCAUCUGGAACAAUGGAAAGGGCAUUCCUGUGGUGGAGCACAAGGUAGAGAAAGUGUAUGUGCCGGCACUCAUCUUCGGCCAGCUGCUCACCUCCAGCAACUACGACGACGACCAGAAGAAGGUCACGGGUGGUCGUAAUGGAUAUGGUGCCAAGCUGUGCAACAUCUUCAGCACAAAGUUCACCGUGGAGACGGCAUGCAGGGAGUCCAAGCAGUGUUUUAAACAGACGUGGUACAACAACAUGAGUCGUGCAGGUGAGGCCAAAAUCAAGCCGUUCAGUGGUGAAGACUUCACAUGCAUCUCCUUCCAGCCUGAUUUGGCCAAAUUCAAGAUGGAGUCUCUGGACCGUGACACGGUGGCACUGCUGACGAGGCGUGCGUAUGACAUUGCUGGUGCCACCAAAGGUGUCAAGGUGGUUCUCAAUGGAACCAAAGUGCCUGUGAGUGGGUUUCGCAGCUAUGUAGACCUGUAUGUGAAGGACCGAACAGAUGAGAUGGGUUCUCCUCUUACUGUAGUCCAUGAGAUAGUCAACCCGCGUUGGGAGGUCUGUCUCACAAUGAGCGAGAAAGGCUUCCAGCAAGUCAGCUUUGUCAACAGCAUCGCCACCACCAAGGGUGGCAGACACUCAGACUAUGUUGCUGACCAGAUUGUGUCCAAGAUGAUUGAAGUGGUGAAGAAGAAGAACAAAGGUGGUGUAGUAGUCAAGCCCUUCCAGGUGAAGAACCAUAUGUGGCUAUUUGUAAACUGCCUGAUUGAGAACCCCAGCUUUGAUUCUCAGACCAAAGAGAACAUGACGCUGCAGCAGAAGAGCUUUGGCUCCACCUGUACGCUCAGUGAGAAGUUCAUCAAACAGGCAAACAGCUGUGGCAUCGUGGACAGCGUGAUGAACUGGGUGAAGUUUAAGGCUCAGACUCAGCUCAACAAGAAGUGCUCAGCUGUUAAACACUCCAAGAUCAAGGGCGUACCAAAACUGGACGAUGCCAACGAUGCUGGUGGUAAGAACUCCGCUGGCUGUACUCUGAUCCUUACCGAGGGAGACUCGGCCAAGACCCUGGCCGUGUCUGGACUUGGCGUGGUGGGUCGAGAUCGCUACGGCGUUUUCCCCUUGCGUGGAAAAAUGCUCAAUGUGCGGGAAGCCUCACACAAACAGAUCAUGGAGAACGCUGAGAUCAAUAGCAUCAUUAAGAUCCUGGGUCUGCAGUACAGGAAGAACUACAGUGAUCCUGAGUCUCUCAAGUCUCUGCGCUAUGGCAAGCUCAUGAUCAUGACAGAUCAGGAUCAGGAUGGCUCCCAUAUCAAAGGGCUGCUCAUCAACUUCAUCCACCACAACUGGCCCUCGCUGCUGCACCACAACUUCCUUGAGGAGUUCAUCACACCCAUAAUUAAGGCAUCGAAUAAGAAGCAGACACACUCCUUUUAUAGCAUCCCAGAGUUCACAGAGUGGAAAGAGAAGCAGAGCAGUCUGAAAUCAUGGAGGAUCAAGUACUACAAAGGUUUGGGUACCAGCACAGCCCAGGAGGCAAAAGAGUAUUUCUCGGACAUGGCGAGACAUCGCAUCCCGUUUAAAUACUCUGGAGCGGCCGAUGACGAGGCGAUCACCCUUGCCUUUAGUAAGAAGAAAGUGGAAGAGAGAAAGGAGUGGCUCACCAGCUUUAUGAUCAACAGGCGACAGCGCCGGGAGCAUAACCUGCCUGAGGAGUAUCUGUAUGGAAAGACGACUACAUCGCUCUCCUACCAUGACUUUGUCAACAAGGAGCUGGUGCUUUUCUCCAACUCGGACAAUGAGCGUUCUAUCCCAUGUCUGGUGGAUGGUCUGAAGCCAGGACAGAGGAAGGUACUGUUCUGCUGCCUGAAACGAAACGAUAAGCGUGAGGUGAAGGUGGCCCAGCUUGCUGGUUCUGUAGCAGAGAUGUCUGCUUAUCACCAUGGAGAGAUUUCACUUAUGAUGACCAUCGUUGGCCUGGCACAGAACUUUGUGGGCAGCAACAAUCUGAACCUGCUGCAACCUCUGGGGCAGUUUGGUACACGCCUUCACGGUGGCAAAGACUCUGCCAGCCCCAGAUACAUCUUCACCAUGCUUAGUCCUUUGGCUCGGCUCCUUUUCCCUGCUGUGGAUGACAACCUUCUGAAGUACAACUAUGAUGACAACAUGCGUGUUGAGCCAGAGUUUUAUGUUCCCAUCAUCCCACUUGUACUGGUCAAUGGCUCUGAUGGCAUUGGUACGGGUUGGGCCAGUCGAAUUCCUAACUAUGAUGUGCGUGAAAUUGUCAACAACGUCCACCGCAUGCUUGGUGGCCAGGAGCCUCUGCCCAUGUUGCCUAGUUAUAAGGGCUUUAAAGGUACCAUUGAGGAGCUGACAACUAACCAGUACAUGAACAGCGGUGAGGUGGCCAUUAUUGACUCCACCACCAUAGAGAUCUCAGAGUUGCCUGUGAAAACCUGGACUCAGACAUACAAGGAGAACGUGCUGGAGGUGAUGCUGAAUGGCUCUGAGAAGGUGCCCGCACUGAUCACAGAUUAUAAAGAGUACCACACGGACACCACCGUGCGCUUUGUGGUCAAAAUGACAGAGGAGAGGCUGCGGGAGACUGAGGCUGCAGGGUUGCACAAAGUCUUCAAACUCCAGAACCCACUCACCUGCAACUCCAUGGUGCUGUUUGACCAUGUGGGCAGUUUGAAGAAGUAUGAGACUGUGCAGGACGUCAUGAAGGACUUCUUUGAACUUCGUCUAAAGUAUUAUGUGCUGAGAAAGGACUGGCUGCUUGGUAUGCUGGGAGCCGAAAGCGCCAAGCUCUCCAACCAGGCACGUUUCAUUCUGGAGAAGAUCGAGGGAACACUCGUCAUUGAGAACAAGCCCAAGAAGGAGCUAAUUCGCAUGCUGCAGGAGAUGGGCUAUGACUCAGAUCCUGUUAAGGCCUGGAAAAAAUCUCAGGAGAAGGAUGUUUUGGAAGAAGAGGCAAUGGAUGACACUGAGGAGAAGGAGAAAGAGGAAGAGACAUCAGGACCUGACUAUAAUUAUCUUCUGAGCAUGCCCAUGUGGUUCCUCACUAAAGAGAAGAAAGAUGAACUGUGCAAGCAAAGAGAUGAAAAGAUGAAUGAGCUGAGUAUACUGAAGAGGAAGUCUCCUUCAGAUCUGUGGAAGGAGGAUCUCGCUGCAUUUACAGAGGAGCUGGAACGUGUGGAGCAGGCUGAGCGAGCUGCCCAGAGCUCAGUCACCCAGGUCAAGGUCAAAGGAGGCAGAUCCAAGGUGGUGAAGAUGAAGAAUGAGACCAUGCCCACCCCACAGGGCCGCCGUGUCAUUCCACGCAUCACCAGUGCUAUGAAGGACCAGGCUCUCAAAAAGGGGGGCGCCAAGAAGGGCAAACUCAAGUCUGAGAAAGAUGGCAGUGUGGUGAUUAAGAUGGAAUUUGGUGAUGAGGAGGCUGAAGCAGGAGAUUCUCCGGAGAUGGGACUCGCCGCUCGUCUGACCAAAAAAGUCAAGAAGGGACCCAAAGAGAAAGGUUCUAAGUCAGGGAAGCAGACUACAUUGAAGUUUAAACCAGUCAAGAAUCAUCUGUUGUCGUCUGAGGAGGAGAGCGAGGAAGAUGAUUUAGACAUGCCCACAAGUGCACGUGAUGCUGUGGCUCCCAAACAGCAGCGGGUCAGAAAAGCUAACGCUGAUGUUAAGUACUCUUUAUCUGAGAGUGAGGAUGAAGCUGGAAACUGGGAGAGUUUGGGCAAAAAGAAGGCUCAGGAACUUGAUGCCGAGGAUUUGUUUGUCCCAGAACCUAGUGCUCUAUCUGAGAGUGAGCAGGACUCACCCGCCCCACCUCCGAAAAAAACGGUGACACAAACAAAGAAAGACAAUUUGGACAAAGACGUGAAGAGCACGCUCACCUCUGAAAGCAGUGCUUCUAAACCUCCACCCAAGCCUAAAGAGAAAGCGGUGAAGAAAGCAGCUGAUGGCAUUGCAAAGAAACCAGCGGCGAAGAAGACGACCACGGUUCCCAAAAAGAAAGCAACUGUGACUGAUGUCAAGCAGCCAUCGAUCCUCGACGUGCUGUCCAAACCUUCCACCGCUAAAAAGAGCACGGCCAAAAAACAGGCCACAUCCAGUGAAUCUGACACUGCUGCCCCUGCACCAGCAGCCAAAAAGGCAGCCGUGCGUAAAAGGAAAGUGCUCACGAGCAGCGACGAUUCAGACAGCGACUCAGAUGAAGGAAACCUCAUGGCCCGCCUCAAAAGCAAAGCUGCAGGAAAGAAAAGUAAGCAAGGCGAUGACGACAGCUUUUCCCUGGAAUUGACUUCUUCUGCCGUGGCACCGAGAAGCAAAACGGCACGCAACACAAAACCAGUCAGAUACAUGCUGGACUCCGAUUCAGAGGAUGACUUUUAGCCUGUUUACCUUACCGUCAUGGUGCUAGAAUGAAGCCAAUGUUGUAUAUAUUUUAAAACUUGAAUUCAGUUUUAAUUCCUUCAUUAGCCUUUAAUGUUCACUCUUUAAACUUCUCAAAAGAAAUUCUGAUGUGGAAAUGUCGAAUCUAUUUGUUUGACUUGUAAAUAUUUUCUAUAUCUUUUUCUACUAAUUUUUUAAAAAAGAUAAAUAAACUUUAGCUAUGACCUCUGUUUCC